UCAAGUCCUAGUAAUCGAUCAUCUUCUACGUCACUCUUAAAUAUAUACCUUCUUUCUUCCCAACUUGCACAGGUCUCUCUCUUAUUCCUCAGCAUGAUCUUUACACCUUCCAUUUCUUUUUAUCCGUUUUGGCUUUCUCUAGUCAUCCCUUUCUGCUCUCAAACGAGAAGAAGUAAUUAAACACUCUCCUUGACACAAUACACCAUUCAAUUUCCCAGCUGUAUUUUCAUAAAUACUAAAAGCUUUUGUGUGUUUGAUCAUAUUUUAACUCCAUGUCCAUGUGGCCUAGAUUAGUUGGGAAUAAAAUUCUCAGAAAGAGAUUUGGAAGCAACAACUUUGUUGCGGAUUUACCCAUCUAUACAGAAACCUUGCUAGAAAUGCCGAGCUUGGAUCACCAACCCUCUUUGAGCGAGACUAUCUUCAAUCAUCAUAAGGAAACACAAAACUUCAAAGUUUUUGUUAAUACAUGGAACGUUGGUGGGGUUGCACCGCAUGAAGAUUUGGAUAUGGAGGAUUGGCUUGAUACUCGAAACAACUCCUGUGACAUUUAUGUUAUGGGGUUUCAGGAACUUGUGCCUCUACGAGCAUUGAAUGUUCUAGGACCUGAGAAUAAUAAGAUGUUUAAGAAAUGGAAUUCCUUGAUUAGAAAAGCACUAAACAGGAAAUCACAUUCCCGGGACAAAAUCCAAAAUGACAAACUUGAAGAAGUGCAAAGUCUGUCACCGAUCCACGAAGGAAAAUCAAAUGAAAACAACAUUCCUCAUGAGGAAUUCCUGUGUAUAAUGAGCAAGCAGAUGGUCGGAAUAUGUAUAUCGGUCUGGAUUCGAAGCGAUCUUCGUCCAUACGUCCGCCAUCCAAGCGUCUCUUGUGUUGGCUGUGGCAUCAUGGGCUACCUAGGAAAUAAGGGUUCGGUGUCGGUUAGAUUUCAGUUGCACGAAACAAGCUUCUGCUUUGUGUGCAGUCAUUUAGCUUCAGGGGGAAGAGAAGGAGAUGAGAAAUACAGAAACUCCGAUGUUGCUGAAAUAUUAUCUCGAACAAGCUUCCCUAAUGGAGGUCGUUCACUUAAUCUGCCGCAAAAUAUUCUAGAUCAUGAUCAGGUAAUUUUGCUUGGGGAUUUAAAUUAUAGAAUUUCCCUACCGGAAGAAACAACUCGAUUAUUGGUGGAAAGAAGAGAAUGGAAUCCACUGCUAGAAAAUGAUCAGCUAAGGAUGGAGCUGAUGAAUGGACAAAUACUCCAAAGUUGGAAUGAAGGAGCAAUCAAAUUCGCUCCCACUUAUAAAUACUAUCCAAAUUCUGAUGUAUACUACGGAUGUGUUCAAGGCAAAAAAGGCAAAAAAUGGCGUGCACCUGCAUGGUGUGAUCGAAUAAUUUGGAAUGGAAGGAGAUUAAAGCAACAUCUAUAUGCUAGAGGAGAAACAAAAUUGUCCGAUCACCGACCAGUGAAGGCUGUAUUUUCUGCAGAAGUUGAGAUUUUACGAACGUUAAAAGGUAUUCAAAGCUUCUUCAUGUCGGAGAGAUUCGACAGAAUUACAACCCACUUUGAGAUAUCAUUAAGCGAUGAUAAUUUUCCAUGUCCAGGAAGAGCUUCAAGCUUUCAAAUCAGAGGAUGAAGAUCAUCAUAAUUAACCUUAAUUAAUUAUUAUAUGCAUAUAUAUAAGGCGGUGUUAUCUAUGUAUAAUUAAUUAAAUAUGUGUAAAGAAAAGGUAAAAGGAAAA